AUCGUUUAGACAAGGAGCUGGCGUGCGCCAAGGAGCGUCAAGAGAUCGAGAUGUCGGCUCAGAGGGCCACGCUGCAGGAACAGCGGACUCACAUCGACAUAUUGGACACCGCGCUCACUAACGCACAAGCCAAUGUGGUGCGGCUGGAGGAAGAGUGCCGCCACGCAAGUGGAUAUGUAGAGCGUGUGCUAGGGUUGCAGCGCGCGCUCGCUUCUCUUCAACAAGCUUCUGACCGGCGCGAGCACACUGAGAGGAAACUGCGCGCGCAACUUGAAAAGGAACUGCAAAGUCUCAGGAAACGAGAGUGCACGUGCGGCGGCAAUGGAGGAGGAGGUGGAGGAGGCAGUGGAGCUGGAGCCUGCGCCGGCGAGGAGGCGGAGCUGCGCCGCCAGGUGAGGGAGCGGGACGAGCGGCUGCUGGCCCUCGAGGGGGAGUGCGCCAAGUGGGAGCAGCGGUACCUGGAGGAGGCCGCGCUGCGGCAGGCUGCCGUCUCCGCCGCCUCCAUACCCAAGGACGCGAAGAUAGCAGCUCUGGAAAAGACUUCGGCAGAGUCAGAGCGGCUGAUGGCGGAGGCUCGCAGCGAGAAGAUACGGCACAUGGACGAACUGCACUCCGCGCAGAAGAAGGUGGCUGAUCUCGAAAGCAGAGUUAAAGAAUUGGAGUCGAAGGUGGCCGAGCGCGACGCUAUGAUCAAGGUUCUGCAGAAACACACGAGCGGCGCGUCGCUGAGGAACAACUCGAGCCGGGAGGAACUUGUUGGCCUGUCUUCGGGUGCGUCGUUCUCGAGCACGGAGGGUGUGGGGGGAGCGGCCGUGGGAUCUCGCUACCGCCACCUCACGCGCCGGAACUACUCGCCGCACAACGAUAACUCCAGCGGCUGCGGGUUCGACAGCACUUCACUACGGCUGGAGGAGCAGCUAGCGGCGCUGGAGUCCCGCCUGGAGCGGCCGCCCGUGCCCGCCCGUGGCCUGUGCUGUUUCCCCGGUCUGGGCACAGUAGGCACCCGAGCUGGUAGCGGUCGCGGUGAGGAAGCUCUUCUGCUGGAGAGACAAGGGCGCGCCUCGCAGCAGACCAGAUCCUCGAGCCUUCCACCACCGCCCUCCGCUCUGCCUCGGCCGCCACGGAAACCCUCCACGAGGAAUGCACGUUACGACCGCUUGGAACACCGAGAUGCGAGAAAAGACUCCGAUGGCUCAGGGUCAAUAACAUCAACAGCCUCCCGCAGUUCACCUCUGCCGUACGACGCGGUCCGCAAGUUGCCGUCCGUGCCGACCUCUGCGUCUCUCCCUGCGGCCGAGUCUCGCGAAUCACUCGUCAGACCCCGGGACUCCAGUCUACCUUCUCCCUCCAAACUCGCUGUGUACGCUGCGGCACGGAGACGCUCCGCUGAAUCAGCGAAAGACACCAAACGGACGCAUCAUUAUCGAAUACAGUUUUAAAUAUUGAGAUGUACAAAUAUCCACAGCGCAUUACAUUUUUUUAUUACAGGCAGCACUGUGGUGUAAAAAGUACACUAAGGGUAAUGGACUUGCAUCCCGUGCCAUUAAAUAUAAAAUAAUCAAUAAGAAUAUACAAUGUUUUUAAUAAAUUUUAAAUGACAGCGUUGUCAGUUGUCAGUCAGUACUGUGGCACCUAAAACAAAAAAACAUGGCGCGUAUCAAAAUCGUGAAGAUUUUCGGUUAAAUACGUUGAAACACACUCUGUAAUCAGAUACCUCGAUAUCACUUUUUUAUCAUUUAUUAUACGAGCGGAACACUAUCAUAGCCAUUUUAGCAUAUUACAACAUAGAUGGUAUAAUAUCAUUAUGUCAAAUUAACAUUGAAAAAGUGGCCCACAUAAGAUCUACGAACUGAUUCUUCAAAGUCACUUAUUUGUUAAGUUUUCAACGGGGAAACUUAUACGGUUCAUUUACACAUUUUUAUGUGUUCAGCCUUCGAGUUGAGGCGCCAUCUACAGGAUCGACAUUAUAGUUGAAACCAUGCUCAAUCCUCAAUAAUUGUAUUUUAGAAAAUUAUGAGAUGUUGAUAAUUCGAAUCUAAGGCAUUUGUUAUUGCUCAAUGGUUAAACAAACAUACCAAGAUUUAUGGAUAACUCCUUAUUCGGACGGUUGGCUAAGUGGCCAGAGCGGUGAGGCGUAUAACGAGAGGUGCUGGUUCGUUUCCGCAUCGUCCAUUAAUUAUACUACAAAUAGUAAUUCCCAGAGGUUAAGGAAAUUUCUUAAAAUAAAAAAUUUGUAUGAAGUUAUUUCGAACAAUUACCUAUCAUUCAUUUUACCGUCGAUACUCUUCAGCCAGUUGGAUGUAUAGAUAAUAGUAGAUAGACUAAUAAUGCUAAUAAUUUUCAGAUUAAGGAUUUAUUUAAAGUAAAUGAUGAAGUAUAUUUAACUGUGAUAUGAUAUAAAACAUAUUAAGAUGCAAAAUCCGUAUUGAACGGAUUCCAUAAAAGCUAAACUUUCAUACUGAAGUACAAGUAUUAAGUUGAAUAAUAUUAUAUAAGAGCAGCAGCAUAUUAAUCAAUAAUCUAUAUCUAUAUAUAUAUAUAUAAAUGAAUUGCUGUUCGUUAGUCGCACUAAAACUCGAGAACGGCUGGACCGAUUUGGCAAGUCUUGAAUUAUUUGUGGAAGUCCAGAGAAGGUUUAAAAGGUGGAUAAAUAGGAAAAUGCUGCUAAAUUAAAUAAAAACAACAAAUUUGUUUUUCCUUUGACGUGUCCAUACAUAAUUUCUAUGAGAGAAUUUAUUGACGCACGGUUUGACAGUUCUGCUGUUAAACAAUUUCAUUACGACAGCAGGGUGCAUAUUUUACGAAGUAAUUUUUGAUGUUAUGAUAUAUUAUUGACAAAUUCAUAUAAAAACAUUAUUUUAUUUAUUAUAUACAGAACAACGUUUGUCGGGUCAGCUAGUUAGUAUGUGAUAAAUAUUUCCAAAAAAUUAUAAAUAAUGUGUAAAAAUAUUAUCAACAUAAUCAGUAUAUUAUUCAAGCAAAUCAGGGUUCAAAUAAUCAUUCUCGGAAAGAAGGCCAAGCUUGUCCACAAUGUUCUACUACAUUUUAAUUUGUCUUGUUGGAUUAUAGGAUUGUUUGUCUCUUUCGAGUGGACGCGUGGCAAAUCUAGUUGAUAAUUCAUCCUGUUCUUAAAAUAGACGUUUUGAUUAAUAUAAUUGUGUAUGUUUUUAAACUUUUAUCAUCGCGGAACAUUAACAUAGUAAUAAUUAUGAUGGGUACUCACGAUAUUUAUUUCAUUAAUUUGAUGCCGAUAUCUCGAACCAAUUGCAUGAUUCGUGGUCGCCGCAGAACUGCGGAAGCGGCGAGAAACUCUUGACACAUUGACACUUGACAUUAAUAGUACAUCAACCUGUCCACGUAGUGUCUUAUUCGUUUUGGUCUUUGAUUCCCUAAUUCACGACACACACUACUGACGACGUCGAAACUUUCGGGACUUUUUGUUGCAUUUGUACUGCAGAGUGAGACCACGGGAUUCCAUGUUUGCGCUAGUAAUCAAAUUAAUAAAUAUUUAUCGUGAGUAUCCGUCAUAAUAAUUACAAUAUAAUUGUGGUACGUAAACGCAACUUGGACAUGCCCGACCUAGCUGUAAUCGGAUCCCAGGGAGUCUUAUAAAGCUUGUGGUUUGUUGUGACUUGCGUUGAGAAACAAAACUCCGCUUGUAAACUAUAUGAGCGAACUCAGGUGCAAUCGUAGAAAUCUAAAUAAGAUGGUAUUGGCAUAAAAAGGCAUAAAAAGCAUUUAUUUUCUCAAAAUUGAUUCCUUUAGAAUACUUUUUGAUGAUAUUUGUAAUAUACUACACACUACUACCGCUUCGGAAACAAAUGGCGCUCUGAGAGAGAAAAGCGGCGCAAGAAACUCUCCCAGCAUUCUUUUUUUUGCGCUCUUUAAUGAAAUAUACAAUAUUUUACUGGCAUUGCUAUUGCUACAAAAAAAAAUCAUAAUCUAGUCCCAGGCUGUCGGAUCACUUAGAUAUUCAUCUGUGGAGUAAUGGGAUUUACGACAGAGCCAUACUUUAAUAAAACAAUUAAAUUUAUUUAUAGAUAAUGCCUGAACAGUUGAGUUUUCAUUCAGGUUGAUUAUAUAUUAUUAUUAACUGAUACUAAAAAGUAAAAAAUAUAAAAAAGCUACGUUUAAUACAACCGACUUCAAAAACUGAAAAGUAACAAAAAACUAAAAAAAUAAUUAAAUACAUUUCUUAUGCUAACCUUUACCUUUAAUAUUACUAAAAUACUAUUAUUUGUAUGUGCUACAUAUAUAGAUAGAUAGCUUUGAAGUCGGUGCCAAGCCAAAUGCAAUAGUAGGUACCUCCACUCGCCACGCGUGACUUUGAGCGGGAUAGCUUCGUCUAGAACAAAACCUUGAUAAUGACAGUAAGAAAGCUGUUUAGAAUAUUAAGCUUUAUUUGGUUUUUUUGAUAUCUUUAAUAGUUACGGAAAAAUCGCCUUGUCACACUUAAUGAUAACAGCCUGUAUAUCUAUAUGUAUGUUUGUACGGAUUCUUUGAACAUGAUUUUAACCCACUUUAAGACUAGAUUUACUUGAUUUGCACUUUAAUUUAAUUUCUUUCUUAGACAACCCUAACCCUUAAGGAGACCGCCAUUUAUGGGUAUAUGUGAAGUAAUUAACAGAAUAAAGAAGUUUUUAUUGAUGUAGCUGAUGGUAAUUGAUACGCCCUACCCAUGACAAUGCAGUGCCGCUCAGGAUUCUUGAAAAACCCAAAAAUUCUGAGCGGUACGACAAUUGCGCUAGUCACCUUGAGACAUAAGAUGUUAAGUCUCAUUUGCCCAGUAAUUUCACUAGCUAUGGCGCCCUUCAGACCGAAACAGUAAUUUUUACACAUAACUGCUUGACGGCAGAAAUAGUCGCCGUUGUAGUACCCAUAAUCUAGCCGGCUUCCUGUGCAAAGGAGCCUCUCACUUAUAGAAUUGUAUCGUAUGUUUUAGGAAUAUAAAAAUUAAUGUUAGUUCUGUAGCGAUGAAUAUGUUAUUAUUAUUUUGUACGAUGGAUUGGAACAGUACCAUCAAAUAUAGGAUUCUCACUUGAUUGCUUUUUAGUUUCAUCAUCAAUGUGUAUUGAAAUGGAAACGUUUCGAAGAUCGCGUUAGUAAUCAAAGUUGUUUUGUGUAGUAUUUUGUGCCAUUAUAAAUAUUAAUGAAGCUAACAACAGUGAUUUAAUCGGUUGAAAACUAAUUUAAAUGACUGAAUGAAUAAUUUAUUUAUAUAUUUUGAAUAUAAAGCAUACAGUCGUCUUCUGUUAAAAUAUAAAGUAUUCUCAUCUAGGCAUUCUAUCAAAUAGCUCGAAAGAUUUGACAUUCGAAACUAUCGAAUAAAAUAAGUAAUCGUGUUUUCGAAACUGCAAUAAUAUAGAUAGAGAAAUGAAGAUAAACAUGUCAAAAAUUGGAACCGUAGUAUUUGUAGAAGUAUUUUAAGUAGAUUUUCAAAAAUGUUACUUUUUAGGACUAUAGUGCCAUAAGAGAUUGAAAAUCAUACUUUGAAUAAAUAUGUUUGAAUUUAAAAAAUGUAACUUUGGUGCUAAUCAGCUGUAUGUAGAUACAUAUUAUAUUAUGUUGUAGAAUUAUAUAAUUAUGUUUAACAUAAUGAAACUUUUUUGAAGUGAAAAAAAUAUUAUCUAUGGUUUCGAUUGAAUAUGAAUUUAAUAAUUAUUUUAAAAUAAUUUAUUUCUCCCUGUGUUAAGUUGUUAACAUUAUUGUGUGUAGGUUUUUAUGGUGCUUUUAUGUUUGUCAAAAUUGUUCUUUUAAUUUCAAUAAUUAAUAUAUACUUUAAUGUGAAAUAUUGAGAUAAUUGUAAAGAUAGUCUUACAAUAUACUAACAUAUAGACAAACAGCAAAGCGUGAUUAAGAAACAAACGUGACAAACAGAAAUUGGAAGCUAGAAAGAUGGAAAGCUCUCUAUUGUUACUGUAACCUAUUUUGAUUGAAAAGUCCUUAACAGUCAGCCACGCUUGGAAUUAAUUGGAUGCUUAGUUUUUUUUUAUAAUAUACCACUAUCUAACGCACACAAUGCCAAAUCAAAUUUAGUUCUGCAUUAUCAGGCUGUUAAUUCGUCUAUAAGUUAGUAUAUUAAAAGUCAAUGAAUGUUAUUUUUGAGUACUAUUAUGUAUACUUUACUAUUAGUGUUAUUAAAUGACGUUAGAUAUACACAUUGACAUAUCAUUCGCAGUCUGAAAGCGGAACGGCAAAAGUGUGCUUAUAGACAAUGUAAGGAUACUUUUCUCAUUAGUCAUGUGUCAACUGUCACUGUCAGAAUCGAACUGUGAAUAAUGUUUUACAUUGCUGCAUAUUGAGCAAAAAUAUUUUAAGUAACUGGAGUAAAUGCGGCAAUGUAUUAUAGAUGUAAUAGUUAAAGCUUAUUACGGUGUAAUAUGUUACAUGUUCAAUAUUUCGGCUUUGUUUUUAUACGACGUGCAUUGUCUAUAUGUAUAGAAUGUCAUUGGUGUCAGUAACGGAUUCAGCUUACGUGGGGCCCGUAGCAAAUUCUAUCAAUGAGCUUUUGGUAUAUAUACUGGAAAUAGUCAGUUACCGAGUGUCUGACGUGGGUUGUCUCAGUAGGAAAAGUUGUAACGUUUCACGUUCUUGCCACAUCAAUAAAUUCAAUAUCUUAAUAAGUGUCCCUCAAAAAAUUAUACUCAGACAGAGAUGAGUGGUCACACUCAUCUCUGUCUGAGUAUAAUUUUUUUCACACGCAUGUCAAUGCGGGGCCCCCUUUUGCGGGGGCCCGAAGCAAUUGCUAAACUUGCUAUAUGGCUAAUCCAGCACUGAUUGGUGUUAUUCGAUUCCAACCACCUUAUUCGUAAUGGUCCGCUAACUUUAAACAGCCGCUUAGGAGUGUUUUUUCUCAUUCUGACUUAGGUCAAUAGAAGAAGGCAGAGUGAGAAUUAGCAAUGCUUUAAGUUAGCAGACUAUUAUGAACAAGGGGGUAAAUCACGAUGCAUUUCACGGUGUUAAGAUAAUAUAUUGACUGACAUUACCCGUGUCAUUAUAGUACUUUUGUACGCCUCAUAAGCGAAGAGUAAAGUUACUGCUCUACUCUCGACAUGUCAAAAGAAGCAGUUUUGUCGAAGCUAAGUAUUAAAUUGAAAUGAACAAUUAAUUGUAUUAAUCAACCAGAUGAUUAUCUUACUGGUAUCUUGCUAAUUCUUACAAUUAAAUAGAGGCGAUAAUGCAUAAAUUAGAUAUAGUCGUAGCCUUAUUAUUUAAAAAAAAAACCCGUGCCACUAUGUUACUUUAAAUCUUAAUUUGAAUUUAUCCGUGACUUGAUAGAAAUAAGGUAUUCAAUUUUUUUAAAUCUUUGAAAUAUGCAAGUGGUUUGUGUACAUAAUGCCGUGUUACUUUAAAUAUAAGUGGCGGGUUUUUUUUUAUUGAGGAACUUGUCUUUUGUGUUGUGUUUCACUGUAAAUGUAAAUGCGGAUUUUUUUAAUAAGGAACUUAUCUUUCAGAUGUACAAGUGGUAUGUUUACUAUUGAGUAUAGGCGUUUGACUUUAAAUAUAAGAUAUUUAAAUGGCGGGAUUUUUAAAUAUGAGAAACUUCUCAUCGAAUGUAAAAGUCGUUUGUUUAAUAUUGAGUUUGGCGUUUCACUUUAAAUAUAAGUGGCGGAAGAAAGUUGUUUUGAAAAGUCUCACGUGUACAACUAUUUCAAUCUGAAAUUUUUAGUAUCACAGCUUUUUGUACUUCAACAACAAACUACUAAAAAAAAAACUAAUUUCGACAGUCGAAAUUUUUAUUUUUUUGCUUCUUUCGCUAUAUUCGGCACAAUAUACUUUUUAUGUUUUAUCUUAUUCUAAUUCUAGUGAUAUUAGUACUUUUGUUUAUGUAAUUAAUAUGUUUUCGCCAAAU